UAACUACUAUAUCUAAUCCAUUCCCACUCAAAUUCAUUCUAACAUUCUUCAUAACAAACUCGUUCGAGAACCUUCUAUGGCGGAAGCUCCGAGAUCUGAGAAGGUGAUGGUUCCUCCAAUGGCCGAUCCAUCAAGUGAGAACAAAGCAACUGAACGCAUUCAUUUUUCCAUUCUCUCUAAACUCCCCAUUAAAUCUAUCAACCGUUUUUCCACUGUUCGCAAGUCUUGGUCUGGAUUGUUUGAAAACCCCGAUUUCUUGAAAAUGUUCUGCAAGAAUCUCGUUUCUAAAUAUCAUGGUAAUAAUGGUGAUGAUGUGGGACUACUCUUCAACAUCAAUUCCAAGAAUUUGAGCUUGCUUUCUGGUGACAAGUUUAAGCCUUUGAAUAUGGUGAAUCUGCCAUCUCAAUUUGUUGAUUAUAAUAAGCAUCUUGGUAUUUUAGGUUCUGCUGUUGACGGUGUUAUUUGUCUUUAUGAUGUUUACAAUCAGAAAAAUAUAAUACUGUGGAACCCUUCAAAUAAUGAAAAGCGUGUUCUUCCUACUAACUAUGCUGAGGAUCUAGGUGGUAUAGAUGACUGCAUCCCUAAUAUUUGUGUUCAUGGAUUUGGUUAUGACACUGUUCAUCGUGAUUUCAAUGUCGUUCAAUAUGUGAUUAAUGAUAACGUUUACUCUGAUGGUAGUUUAGAUCAAACUGACUCGUUUUGGCAAGUGUAUAGUCUGAAGAGUAACAAAUGGAAACCAUUAGAUGGUGUUCGUCUUCCAUUUCUUCAGUAUAACCCUAAUGGUUUGGAGGUCUGCUUGGAUGGUGUUUGUCAUUGGCUAGGCAGAAAAGAAACAAAUAGUCAACUUUUUCUUGUGUCAUUCAACUUGGAGGCAUUCAACUCGGCACUUACACCAGUGGAUGCAGAUGUAACUGAAUCGUCUUUGAAAUUGAUGGUGUUAAAUGGGUCUGUUGCUAUGAUCACACAACAUGCUGAUCCUAUGUCUUUUAGCAUAUCAAUUUUGGGUCAAAUCGGUGUCCAAAAUUCAUGGACCACAUUUUUCAAUGUUGCAUCUUCGCCUUCCAUUAAGAAUCCUAUUGCUGCUGGUAAGAAGGGUGUUAUAUUUUUCAAAGGAAAUGAAAAAGAUGGUAAAGUAGCUCGUUUUGAUUUAACUUCCGGGAUGAUUGAGAGGGUAAUUGAUUUUGGAGCAAAAGAGAAUAUUCAGCAAAUCGUAUUUUACAAGGAAACCGACCAGAUCCUUUCAAAAAAGAGAAAGAGCACCCAUCGUCAUUGAGCUGAAGGAUCUUCACAAAGAUGAACAUGGAAAGCUUCUUGUUCCUUUUACUUUAUGGUCCAAAGACGAGUUAUGAACAAGUUGUAAUGGUUGAGUUCUUUUUUACCAUUCCUAGUAACUUUGGCGUACGCAAACUUUGUAGUGUAAUGGUUCGGUUCGUUUAACAAACUUUGACAGAAGCAAGCAACUUAGCUUUCUGUGAAUGUUUUGGUUCUUUUUAGGAAACUUUGGCAGAUGCAAACUUUAGUGUAAUGGUUUGGUUCGUUUUUACCACUCCUAGUAAUGCAUCGUUAUUUUCCUCAAUAUUCACUUGUUGUGGUUUAUUUUCCCUUUCAUCAUGCACUAUCAUUGAAAUUUGUUGAUGUUGUUUUUGA